AUGCAGACGGCGUAUAUCGCUAGGGCGUACGGAGAUGGUAGUAACGUCACCAAGAUAAGACAACAUCAACUUGGCUGGCCGAAUGGUUUGUGCGUUGAUUUUGAAGCGGAUCGUUUGUAUUGGGUGGAUGCUUAUUUUGACAGAAUUCAAAGUUCUGAUUUUAACGGCAAUGAUUUGACCACGUUAGAAGGACAUUCUAUAACUCAUCCAUUUGGAAUUUCCGUUUAUAAAGAUAGUAUAUAUUUUACCGACUGGAGGAUGGAAGCCAUUUUGAAAAUUGAUAAAAAUGGUGGAAAAGAACGAAGAAUUCGAUCAGGGAUUGGGAAAAUGAUGGGAAUUAAGAUUUUUGAUAAAGAUUUACAACCAAUAUCUUCUCAGAAUCCAUGUACACGAAGAAACGGAGAUUGCUCCCAUUUCUGUUUCCCGGUACCAGUCAGUCCUAGUUUAAUAAUAAUAGGCCGUCACUGUGCCUGUCCCUAUGGUUUCAAACUGAAAGAAGAUCAACGAUCGUGUGAACCCAAUCCCAACGAACCUAACCCCGCCUCCUGUCCGUCUGGUUUGUACGAAUGUAGAAAUAGACGAUGUAUACCUCAAUCGUAUAAAUGUGAUCGAGACAACGACUGUCUGGAUAAUUCUGAUGAAGACGAUUGUCCGACAGGUUAG